AUGGGGACUUCCCACCUGGCGCUCCUGGUGUUAGUCUGUCUCCUCACAGGACCGAGCCUAAUCUCCUGCCAGCUUUCAUUACCCUCUAUCCUUCCAAAUGAAAAUGAAAAGGUCGUGCAGCUGAAUUCCUCCUUUUCUCUGCGAUGCUUUGGGGAGAGUGAAGUGAGCUGGCAGUACCCCAUGUCUGAAGAAGAGAACCCCAAUGUGGAAGUCAGAAAUGAAGAAAACAACAGUGGCCUUUUUGUGACGGUGCUGGAAGUGGUCAAUGCGUCGGCGGCCCACACGGGACUGUACACUUGCUAUUACAACCACACUCAGACGGACGAAAACGAGAUCGAAGGCAGGCGCAUUUACAUCUAUGUCCCAGACCCAGACGUAGCCUUCGUACCUCUAGGAAUGACAGAUUAUUUAGUUAUCGUGGAGGACGAUGACUCUGCCAUCAUACCUUGUCGCACAACUGAUCCCAAGACUCCGGUUACCUUACGCAGCAGUGACGGGGUGGUACACGCCUCCUAUGACAGCAGACAGGGCUUUAAUGGGACCUUCAGCGUCGGGCCCUAUAUCUGCGAAGCCACAGUCAGCGGGAAGAAGUUCCAGACCAUCCCAUUUAAUGUUUAUGCUUUAAAAGCAACAUCAGAACUUGAUCUAGAAAUGGAAGCUCUCAAAACUGUCUAUAAGUCAGGGGAGACGAUUGUGGUCACCUGUGCCGUCUUUAACAACGAGGUGGUUGACCUUCAGUGGACUUACCCUGGAGAAGUGAAAGGCAAAGGCAUCACGAUGCUGGAGGAGAUCAAGGUCCCGUCCAUCAAACUGGUUUACACUCUGACGGUCCCCGAGGCCACAGUGAAGGAUAGUGGAGAUUAUGAAUGUGCUGCCCGCCAGGCCACCAAGGAGGUCAAAGAGAUGAAGAAAGUCACCAUUUCCGUCCAUGAGAAAGGGUUCAUUGAAAUCAAACCCAACUUCAGCCCGUUGGAGGCUGUUGACCUGCAUGAAGUCAAACAUUUCGUGGUGGACGUGCAGGCCUACCCCCCUCCCAGGAUAUCCUGGCUGAAGGACAACCUGACUCUGAUUGAAAAUCUCACGGAGAUCACCACCGACAUAGAAAAGAUUCAGGAAAUAAGGUAUCGAAGCAAAUUAAAGCUGAUCCGUGCGAAGGAAGAAGACAGUGGCCAUUACACUAUUGUCGUCCAAAAUGAAGACGACGUGAAGAGCUAUACUUUCGAACUCUUAACGCAAGUUCCCUCGUCUAUUCUGGACUUGGUCGACGACCACCAUGGCUCCACCGGGGGACAGACUGUGAGAUGCACAGCAGAAGGGACACCUCUUCCCGAUAUCGAGUGGAUGAUUUGCAAGGAUAUUAAGAAAUGUAAUAACGAAACUUCAUGGACAGUUUUGGCGAACAACAUCUCGAACAUCAUCACGGAAGUCCACCGCCGGGACAGGAGUACUGUGGAGGGCCGAGUGACGUUCACCAGAGUGGAGGAGACCAUCGCUGUUCGAUGCCUGGCCAAGAAUCUUCUUGGAGCCGAGAACCGAGAGCUGAAGCUGGUGGCUCCCACGCUGCGUUCUGAACUCACAGUGGCGGCUGCAGUCCUGGUCCUGCUGGUGAUUGUGAUCAUCUCCCUCAUUGUCCUGGUUGUCAUUUGGAAACAGAAACCGAGGUAUGAAAUUCGUUGGAGGGUCAUUGAAUCGAUCAGCCCUGAUGGACAUGAAUAUAUUUACGUGGACCCGAUGCAGCUGCCUUAUGACUCUAGAUGGGAGUUUCCAAGAGAUGGACUAGUGCUUGGUCGUAUCCUGGGAUCUGGUGCGUUCGGGAAAGUGGUCGAAGGAACUGCCUAUGGAUUGAGCCGGUCCCAGCCUGUCAUGAAAGUAGCAGUAAAGAUGCUAAAACCCACAGCCAGAUCCAGUGAAAAACAAGCUCUCAUGUCGGAACUGAAGAUAAUGACUCACCUGGGGCCCCAUUUAAACAUUGUGAACUUGCUGGGGGCCUGCACCAAGUCAGGCCCUAUUUACAUCAUCACGGAGUACUGCUUCUAUGGGGAUUUGGUCAACUAUUUGCAUAAGAAUAGGGACAGCUUCCUGAGCCGACACCCAGAGAAGCCAAAGAAAGAGUUGGACAUUUUUGGGCUGAACCCUGCUGAUGAAAGCACACGGAGUUACGUUAUUUUAUCUUUUGAAAACAAUGGUGACUAUAUGGACAUGAAGCAAGCUGAUACCACACAGUACGUCCCCAUGCUGGAAAGGAAAGAGGUUUCUAAAUACUCGGACAUCCAGAGAUCGCUGUAUGAUCGCCCGGCCUCGUAUAAGAAGAAAUCUACGUCAGACUCGGAAGUCAAAAACCUCCUCUCGGACGAUAACUCAGAAGGCCUGACUCUGCUGGAUUUGUUGAGCUUUACCUAUCAAGUGGCGCGAGGGAUGGAAUUUUUGGCUUCCAAAAAUUGUGUCCACCGGGACCUGGCUGCUCGCAAUGUCCUCCUGGCGCAAGGGAAAAUCGUGAAGAUCUGUGACUUCGGCCUGGCCAGGGACAUCAUGCACGAUUCAAACUACGUGUCCAAAGGCAGCACCUUUCUCCCUGUGAAGUGGAUGGCUCCUGAGAGCAUCUUCGACAACCUCUACACCACGCUGAGUGACGUCUGGUCUUACGGCAUUCUGCUCUGGGAGAUCUUUUCCCUUGGGGGCACCCCGUACCCUGGCAUGAUGGUGGAUUCCACUUUCUACAACAAGAUCAAGAACGGGUACCGGAUGGCCAAGCCUGACCACGCCACCAGCGAAGUCUAUGAAAUCAUGGUCAAGUGCUGGCACAGUGAGCCGGAGAAGAGACCCUCCUUUUACCACCUGAGUGAGAUUGUGGAGAAUCUGUUGCCGGGACAAUAUAAGAAGAGCUACGAAAAGAUUCACCUGGACUUCUUGAAGAGCGACCACCCUGCCGUGGCGCGCAUGCGCGUGGACUCAGACAACGCCUACAUCGGCAUCACCUACAAACACGAGGAAGACAAGCUGAAGGACUGGGAAGGCAGCCUGGACGAGCAGAGGCUGAGUGCAGACAGCGGCUACAUCAUCCCUCUGCCCGACAUCGACCCUGUUCCUGAGGAGGAGGACCUGGGCAAGAGGAACAGACACAGCUCGCAGACCUCAGAAGAGAGUGCCAUUGAGACAGGUUCCAGCAGCUCUACCUUCGUCAAGAGAGAGGAUGAAACCAUCGAGGACAUCGACAUGAUGGAUGACAUUGGCAUAGACUCCUCAGACCUGGUAGAGGACAGCUUCCUGUGA